AUUUAGCAUAUCGUCGACAAUCGUAUUUUGUGAGUGUUUGUUGUUUAAUUUUUGCCUCUCAAAACAGAUUUUAGUAGAUUCCUGCUGUGGAAUGUCCGAUGAAAAGAAGUCACAGUCGCGACACGAAAAGCGUGAACGUAGCAGCUCACCCCGUUCUGCACCCGGUGAAGCACAAGAGAGUAGGUCCCGUAAGAAGAUAUCGCGUCGAGAUCGUGACUCUCGCUCGAGGUCCAGAUCGCGGUCUCGUUCGCGAGGUAGAGAUAGACGACACAAACAUGACGAACCUAAAUCAAGGCGAAGCCAUUCUCGAUCCAAGGAUGAAGACCGCAGACGUAAGGAUCGUCGUACUUCAAAAGAUCGUAAGAACUUAGAACCGGGCGAACGCUCCCGAAGUAACAGCAAAGAGAAGACGGCUCCGAUACCAGCCAAGCCUGCUCGUAAGGACGAGGGUGAUGAAGCCCUGCUGCAGAAAGAGAAACCAGCCAUCAGACGAACUGUUGAUUUGCUCACGUCGAAGACGGGAGGAGCAUAUAUUCCGCCGGCUAAACUGCGAAUGAUGCAGGCAGAGAUAACGGACAAAACUUCCGCUGCGUACCAGAGAAUUUCAUGGGAAGCUUUGAAAAAAUCUAUUCAUGGUUAUAUUAAUAAGGUAAACGUGGAUAAUAUAGGCAUCAUCACGAGAGAAUUGUUGAGAGAAAAUAUUGUCAGAGGAAGAGGUCUACUUUGCCGAUCAAUUAUCCAAGCGCAAGCAGCAUCACCGACAUUCACGCACGUCUACGCUGCACUGGUUGCAAUAAUCAACUCGAAAUUUCCGAACAUAGGAGAACUUCUGCUAAAGCGAUUGGUCAUCCAGUUCAAGCGAGGAUUCCGUCGAAACGACAAAAGCAUUUGCCUAUCCUCGUCUCGCUUCGUAGCCCAUCUGGUAAACCAGCGAGUGGCUCAUGAAAUUCUUGCCCUGGAAAUUCUAACAUUACUGGUGGAAAAUCCAACCGACGAUUCGGUUGAGGUCGCCAUAGCAUUUCUGAAAGAAGUUGGUCAAAAACUGACCGAAGUGUCCGGCAAAGGCAUCAACGCCAUCUUCGAGAUGCUGAAGAAUAUCCUUCACGAGGGUAAACUGGACAAGCGUGUCCAGUAUAUGAUUGAGGUAGUUUUCCAGAUUCGGAAAGACGGGUUCAAGGAUCAUCCGGCGGUAACUGAAGCACUGGAACUGGUGGAAGAGGACGAUCAGUAUACGCAUUUAAUUAUGCUAGACGAAGCCACCGAAACGCAGGAUAUUUUGAAUGUUUUUAAGGUAGACAAUGAGUAUGAAGCGAACGAGGCCAAAUACAAGGCUAUAAGCAAGGAAAUUUUGGGAAGUGAUGCGAGUGGUGAUGACGGAAAGGUUGGAUCAUCGAGCGGUAGUGGUAGCGGGAGCGAUUCCGAAGGUGGCGACGAUUCCGACGGUGGUAGCAACGAUGAGGAUGACUCCGCGAAGAAACAACUGAUUGUGGACAAUACGGAAACUAACCUGAUUGCAUUACGAAGGACAAUUUAUCUGACGAUACAUUCUAGUUUGGACUAUGAAGAAUGUGCCCACAAACUGAUGAAAAUGGAACUGAAACCAGGUCAGGAGCAAGAAUUGUGUCAUAUGUUUUUGGAUUGCUGUGCGGAACAAAGAACCUACGAGAAAUUCUAUGGGCUGUUAGCCCAACGGUUUUGCACGAUUAAUAAAAUUUAUAUUGAACCUUUUGAACAGAUAUUUCAGGACACCUACUCAACUACGCAUCGGUUAGACACCAACCGGCUUCGUAACGUAAGUAAGUUUUUUGCCCAUCUGCUAUUCACGGAUUCCAUUGGUUGGGAUGUCAUGCGCUGCAUUCGUAUGAACGAAGAGGACACGACCAGUUCCAGCAGAAUUUUCGUUAAAAUUUUGUUCCAAGAACUUGCGGAAUACAUGGGUCUGGUGAAGUUGAACAACCGUCUUAAGGAUCCGACACUGGCGGAACCAUUUUCAGGACUUUUGCCGCGAGAUAACCCGAAAAAUACCCGGUUUUCGAUUAACUUUUUCACUUCCAUUGGUUUGGGCGGUCUAACGGAUGAACUUCGACAUUUUCUCAAGCAUGCACCCAAACAAAUCGCCCAACCGAUUGCCGCUCCGGUUGCCGAGGGGGAAGACGGAAGCUCGUCGUCUAGUUCAUCUUCGUCCUCCUCGUCAUCGUCAUCAUCUUCAUCGGACUCCGGUUCGAGUUCGUCCGAAUCAGAAGACGAUCGAAAGAAAAGAAAAACUAAGAAAAAAACAAAACCAGGAUCAGACGAGGGAAGAUAUUCGAAACCACAAAACGAUCGGUUCAAUUCGAAUGGACGAAGAAGGGAAAACGAGCGUAACGAAGUUCGAAGGAACGAUGGUCGUUAUACGGAGCGGGAAGAUUCUCGCAGAGACCAUCACCAGAAUUACCAGAAUCGAGGACGGAACCAAGACGACCGCGGCGGACGGGAGGAGUUUGAACAGUCUCGUAGUCGAAGGCAUGGUGACCGAGAGUACGGAUCUAACCGAGGGAGAGACGAAGAUUAUUCGAACAGCCGUCGCAGGAGAAGUAAGGAAAGGCGAUAGAGAACUGUUCCAAGUUUUAUUCUUAUAAUGCUGAAAUGAAGUUUUUUUUUGAAAAUAACUAUGUGUAGUUUCCUAAUUUAAAUUGUUUUCAUCAGGUUGAACGGCCUUUUCUUACAGUUGACUUGCUGAUCAUUGCCCAUCAUUC